AUGUUUCGUCAGCAGAUUAGAAGAUUCUCCAAGGCCUCGUUUUUAGCGGGUGCUGCGGUUGCGUCGGCCUAUGUUACCUACGAGGUAGCCUUUCCCAAGACUCAGUUGCUGAAUGAGAAUGAGAAGUACGUGAACAAGUUUCCAAGUUUCAAGACCACGGUAGAGAACAUGCCUUCACGAGAAGAGAUGCUCAAGAAACUGGGUCCCGAAAUAAAGAAGGAGGACAAGGACAAGGUUUUUUCUGCUGAGGAUGUUCCGGAAAAGUCUUUUGAUUUGGUCAUCAUCGGUGGUGGUGCUUCUGGUGCUGGUUCUGCUGUGGAUGCCUCCUUGAGAGGUUUGAACGUCUUGGUAGUUGAGAAAGAGGAUUUUGCCGCUGGUACGUCUUCCAAAUCUACUAAGAUGGCCCAUGGUGGUGUUAGAUAUUUGGAAAAGGCCAUUUUCCAGUUAUCCAAAGCCCAAUUGGACUUGGUUAUUGAGGCUCUUGCCGAGAGAGCCUCCAUGCUGGAAAAUGCCCCCCACUUAGCUACCAUUCUGCCAAUUGCCAUCCCUAUUUACAAAUGGUGGCAAUUACCUUACAUGUAUUCUGGUUGUCUUAUGUACGAUUUGUUUGCAGGCCGUCAAGCUCUGAGAUACUCUUACAUCCAGAGCCGAGCAGCUACACUUGCUACUCAGCCACAGCUAGAUUCUGAAGGAUUGAAGGCUUCCCUUGUGUACCAUGAUGGUUCUUUCAACGAUGCCCGUUUCAACACUGCUCUUGCUUUAACUGCCAUCAAACAAGGUGCCACCGUACUAAAUUAUACCGAGGUUGAACAAUUACUGAAAAAUUCUGAGAACAAGGUCAAAGGUGUUCGUGUUAGAGACAGGGAAACUGGAAAGGAAUACCUUGUCAAAGCCGAAGCUGUCUUGAACUGUACCGGACCUUACUCUGACCGUCUGUUGGAUAUGGACCACGACCCCAAAGGUGUCAGUCCUGCUAAGGCUUUGGACACACCAAGAAUGGUGGUACCAUCUGGAGGUGUUCAUAUCGUUUUACCAGAGUAUUACUGCUCCAAAGACGUUGGUUUGCUGGAUGCUUCCACUUCUGAUGGGCGUGUCAUGUUUUUCUUGCCAUGGCAAGGCCGUGUCUUAGCUGGAACUACUGAUGUCGCUUUGAAAUCUGUCCCUGAACACCCUGUUGCUUCUGAGGACGAAAUCGAGGAAAUCCUGAAAGAGUUGCAACAUUAUGUUACCUUUGAAGUUAAGAGAGAUGACGUGUUAUCCGCUUGGUGCGGUGUCCGACCUUUGGUUAAGGAUCCUAGAAAGGCCCCAAAGAACGGUGCUACCCAAGAGCUGGUUAGAAACCAUUUGGUUCACACCUCUGAUACUGGUCUUGUCACAUUGAGUGGAGGUAAAUGGACUACUUAUCGUGAAAUGUCUCAGGACGCCGUCGAUGAAGUUCUCAAGGUUCAUCCAGAAUUGAAAGAUCCAACUAAGAAUGUUAACCAUGUGGAGAUCAAACCAUGUCAAACUCAACAUCACAAAUUGGUCGGAGCUGAAGACUUCGAUACCUCUCUGGCAGCUCGUUUAGCUCAAGCCUACAAAGUACCAAGUGAUCUGGCCGCUCAUUUAGCUUCCAACUACGGUGACCGUGCUCCAGUGAUUUUGGAAAUUUAUAAAAAGGACAGAGCUAACAGAUUGCCGGUCGCAUUGGCAGCUGCUGACGAGUUGGCACAAUUACCAACCUAUGAGGAGUUCGAGUUCCCAUUCACCGUUGCAGAAUUGAAAUAUUCUGUCCAUAACGAGUACGCUAGACAUCCACUUGACUUCCUUGCCCGUAGAUCAAGAUUGGCUUUCUUGGAUGCUCGUGCCGCUCAGAAGGCUGUUAAGGGAGUUGUCAAAGUCAUGGGAGAUGAACUUAACUGGGACGAUGAAAAGCGUUCUCAGCUAGAGAAGGAAACCACUCAGUACAUCGAACAUAUGGGUCUUACCGCUAACAAGACAAGUUUCUUGGAAAACGAGGUGUAG